AGUCAAAAUUACCCUCCCGAUCCCGAUUUCGCGCCCAUCCGAAGAGCAUAGUCUUCUGUUGAUCGUGUGGAUCUCGUUGAUCCUCUCCAGAAUCGCAACAUACGCACUAAGAAAUUACGAUUCUUGUGAUUCUCCGCAGUGCCCAAAGUAUAGUUUCCUAAUCACAAGACCAUGUCCGCAUUGGAGGAAAUAACCAACAGCAAUUCGGCGAUGUCGGCAACCGCUCAACAGAAGGCCAUUGAAAAGGCAAACCGACAGGUCAAUCCCAUGGUAGAUUUCCCGGACUUUCUCAAGUACGACCAAAACGGAUGCCAGCUGGAUCUGUACUGCCGGCGGAAGGCCGACAUGGACUCCAAGGUGCUGAAGUGGGCCUUCAAGCUGGCGGAGAAAAACGUCGGACCACAGUACAAAAGCUGCAGCCUCGGGUGGCAACCCAAGGUGAAGCAGUCCGACUUGAACAAGGGAUGGGCCCGGUAUAUUGUGGCCGUCGACAGGAUAUCCAAGAAACCGGCCGGAUACACGAUGUUCCGUUUCGAUUUGGACUACGGCCGGAGCGUGGUGUACUGCUACGAGAUGCAGGUUGACGCGGAAUUCCAACGUAAGGGACUGGGGGCGUUCAUGAUGCAAGCCCUGGAGACCAUGGCACGGCACUACGGAAUGGAGCGAUUGGUGCUGACGGUGCUGAAGAACAACGAGGACGGUACGCGGUUCUACAGGAAGUUGGGGUACGACGUGGAUGAGACCUCCCCGGACAAGUCGGACAACGCCGCUUAUGAGAUAAUGAGUAAAAGUAUGCUGUAAUCCAAGCUUUAGUGUGAGAUGACAUAUUUUAUUCAUAUUGACUGAUUAACAUCUUAAGGUUAAAAUACAACUACAACAACAAUUUA